UGAAGAAAUAGAGACUGAAAAUAUAAAUGUUCCUAUCUCCUUAUGUACUAAAAUGAAAGAGACCAAUAAUUCGCAAGCCGGAAAAUUAUUCGAGAAAAAUGGCAAUUUAAGGGCUACAAACAAUAGUUUAGAGGUAGGCUGGAAUAUUUGGCCACUUGGGAUAGCUUGGUCAACUAAGGAAGUAAUAAACUGUUAUGUAUAUGAAACAAUUGGGAGCUGCCCAGAGUGUAAUUAUAAAUCGGGAACAUGUAAAUGUAGCCAGGGAAGCCUAUUAUGGAAGCCAGAUAAAACUCAACAGUGCGCUUUUAUACCCAUAGCCAAUUGGCGUGGAGAAUUCGCUUCGAGAAUUUGGAUAUCCGAAUUUAAUGAGUUCGCAUUAACUUUUGAAAAUAUUACUAAAAAGAUUGAUUGUGGUCAAAAAGAAAUGAUAAUUACUGACCAAGGGUAUGCCAUCUCAAAGUAUGAGUAUGAAAUUGUUUUAAAUUUAAUUAAUAGAAGCGAAAACUCCCGCCAUAAAAGGGAAGCGGUUAACAGUAAAUUAAAUGAAUCAGACAUAGCAAAAUUAACAGGAGUAGUUUAUACACCGCAACUAGAGUCUCAGCUAACCGCUUUAAGUACCAAACUUACGCGAACAACGCAAAAAUUGUUCGCAGAGUCAGUACGCCAAAUCUGUAAUACAUUACAGGCAGUAGCUGAUCAAACUCUCGCUUUGGCAGCCGCUAAUCCUACUUUGUUAGCGAGAUACUUUUUAAAAAUUGAUUAUAUAACAGCGAGGCUAGUGACAGAAAAAAUUAUGGAAAUUAGACCCUGUUACCCAAUACAAGAUCAGGAGAUACAUUUUAACUGGAGACAAGGCUUUUGUUUCGAUAGACUCCCUGUUUCCUUUAAUUUACAUGGGCAUGAAAAGCAUGGAUUUUUGGAUACUAAAACCCUAAUAAUUCAUUCGAGUGCAGGAGAAUCUGAUUGUGAUAUAAAUAAAUAUAUGUAUGUUACUUUAAAAGGCAGAACGAUCCUUUAUGAUCAAUCAACUGGAGAUCAGAGAGAGAUUUCUGAAGAGGGUAUUAGAAAAAUAGCACGUUUUGGAAAGAUCGAUCUACCAGACAUGGGAAUUACUAUCUUUAAAAAUAAGAUUUUAACUAAUCUUACUGAAAUUUAUUCUCCCGAACACUUUUCGGAGACAAUUGAGACAGCUGCUAUAACUCACGAAAUUACCCGAUUAACCAGUAAAGGAUCGUUGUGGCAAAACCCUAGCUCAAGAACAGAAGCAUUCGCAGCAAAUAUCGUUGCAAAAGGACUGUUUGCGUUCUUAACUGGAGGAAUUUUUUCAAUAAACCAAGUAUGGGUAUUUAUCUGUUGUUGUUAUGUAACCCUACAAUUUUUGGUCCAAUUUAUACUCCCAGCCAUAUUAGCACAAACUAUUGGAUAUUUGAAUGUAGGAGAAAGGAUUUUUCAAUAUAUUUCUAAAAGAAACAGAACUAAAAGGGAAGAACAAAAUGAAGAAAUAACCCUUAAUGAAUUUAAGAGCAGACCAGGUAAAUAUGAUAAAACCCUGCCCAUUUCACAAAGAUGGCCUUCCCAGCACUUUGAGGAAGAAAAACAAAAAGUUGCCGAAAGUAAUAAUGCGGAGAUUAUGAUUGCUGGUUUUGAAUGUGAUGAAAAUAUGCGUAUAUUAGUAGAAAUUAACGGAAUAAAAUUAAUCUGUCUUUUGGAUACUGGCGCUCAUGUUACAUUAAUUGGGCAGAAAACCGCAAAAAGAUUAAAAAUAACUGACCUUUAUCAACCAGAUUUCUCCGGUGUUAUUGGAAUUGGCAACAAUAUAAUUCCAGCAUUAGUGGAAUAA